AUGCUAUCGAAAGACUGCUUGGAACGUCGAGUUAUUGCAUUUAUCAAUAAAGAAAUGGGCGAUGACUGUAAGAAACUAUAUCGUGCUGCUGUGUUGGUAGACAAAUACCAUGCAUCCAUCGAACAUAUAAAGGAAAAAUUAAGCUGUGAAUAUGACGGUACAUCGAAUUCUACCGACAUCAAAUCAGCAUUACACGCCCAGGAAAAAGUUAGUCAAAGCAUGGAAUUUCAAGUAGAGAAGCUUUGCCAGUUCAGCACCCGGUUAUCAGAAAAAAUUGGAAAAACGGACGAAGCGCUGAGCAAAGUUCUAAAAGAUUUAGAAAACGUGCGUAAGUUACAACAAUUGAAGCAAUAUUUGAAAAUUGUGCAAGAUAUACAAGAAAUCAGCCAAAGCCUUAAUGAUACCAUUCGUACAAAAGACGAAGCUAAAAUGGUCAACAUAUAUUUGACACUAUUUGAAGACAGCGAUUGUGAAAAUAGUAUCAUUGGCCGAUUAUGUAACAUCGAAGCUCCGCAUCUUAAACUAUACGCUAUAAAAACGGCUACCUUCUGGCACAAAAUUCUCCGCGAUAAAUUUACAAGCGAGCUGGAAUCCAUUUUGAAGUCAAUGCGUUGGGGUUAUAAAGAAUAUGAUUCAUUAACGUUUUCACCAACCCGAGAUAACGUUUCAAAAGCUCAGCUACUGGCCGAAUAUUUGUUUCUAAUUAAAUCACCUAUCGAAGAGACCGAACCACUGGAAAUUAUCACACCAAGCAUUAUUUGUCAACCAGUAAGCACUGUUACAAAGCUGUUGCUGGCUCCAUAUCGACAAAGGUUCCAAUUUCACUUCACGGGUGUACGCCAAACAAAUCGUUUGGAUAAACCGGAGUGGUUCUUCACACAAAUACUGAAUUGGUGCAAGGAGAUUCACCUCUUCGUUGGAAGGACUUUUCAGCCAGCUGCGGUGAAAGCUGGCAAACUGAACUAUAAUAUACGUCUAGAAUUCAUUCGUGGGCUUGUGCAAUUGAUAAUUGAAAAACUCUCUGCCGAUAUUGACGAAAUAAGUCGAGAUGAACAUCUAUUUGCCCAUUUGGUGGACGAGACUUUAGCUUUCGAGAUUGAGUUGCGAGAGAUUUUUGGAUACCCUAAUAGUUUUACCAGUGUGAUUUCAGUUAUAACUCAACCAAUUUAUUUACUGAAGUGGAUAUCACUUGAAGAGCGUUUCUGCUCGGAGAAAAUGGAUCUUAUAUUACAUGGUGAUAGUCCUUGGAUGCUUAUUGACCCCAACUUUUAUGAUAAUGAUUUAAAAAUUCCAAAAUGUGCUGAUCAGUUCAUACGCCUGCUUGAAGCUAUUAAAGAUCGAUACCACGCACUUAUUCAACCAGGCCAACAAUUACAAUUCCUGUCGCUUCAAUUAGAGCUAAUAGAAAACUUUCGAAGGCGCCUAGUUCAACUUCACAGCAGUGGUGAAGUUGAGAACAUUUCCAUUUUGAAUGCUAUCAAUUACUUAGCCUUGGUACUGCGUGAAUGGGGUGAAAAUGUUCAUUAUUUACAUUUGCAUGCUGCACUUGUGGGUCCAAAUUAUACUGAAAUUCAUUCAGUGUUCGAUCAUCCGGUUAGUGAACUAGAGCACUGGACAGAAAAAUUAAUUGAAAACCUUGCAACGAAGGCGGUAAAUGAAAUAAAAGCGAAAUCGAUGCCUUAUCGUCAUGAUUCUUGGUCCAGCGUGCCAGACCAGAAUUGCAGAGAGCCUUUCAUAUUGUCGUCCAGUGCAGGGGAAAUGUUUCAGGUGAUGGUAACAACACUUCAUAAUAUGGAGCGAGAACUAUCAUUAAAUCUCUUCAAUCUUACGCUGCGCAUUAUAGCCAAUCAAGUAGACGACUUCCUCUUCGAUAGUCUUGUUAUGAAUAAUAGAUUCACACCAGCAGGAGCUGCGCAAUUUAAUUACGAUAUGACCCGGAACCUGUUUGCAUUAUUUGGGCAAUAUUGCCGUCGACCGGAUUUGCUUUUCAAAAAAAUCCAUGAUUCCAAUAAGUUGUUGAAUGCAGCACGUGGCACUGCAUGGUUGUUACAUGAAACACUAACAUCCGACUCUGCAUCGGAGCAAAAACUCUGCGCCCUGAAGGAGAUAGGCGUCGUCAACUUCAAAUACGAAACUUGUGUAGAAGUGUUGGAACGACGGGCCGAUUUAAAAGUGCUUUGAAUAAAUUGUAGUUAGCUUGAA